AUGGCCACGCCCGGGGACUUCAUCCUACCUCCGGGGGCAGGGCUAGCGCCGCCCUUGCUAACCGCAACUUCAUUAUUGUCUGCUGCGUUGAGUUUCAGUUUAGCCAUUUUCUUUCAGAUCAUGGCCACGCCCGGGGACUUCAUCCUACCUCCGGGGGCAGGGCUAGCGCCGCCCUUGCUAACCGCAACUUCAUUAUUGUCUGCUGCGUUGAGUUUCAGUUUAGGAUUUAUUCUGUUGAGUUUAUCUGAUCUCACCGAAGGGCCGCGAGGGCCAUCAGGAACUGUCGGGGUCCUUGGUAUUACAGGAUUUACUGGAUCAACUGGAUCAUUAGGAUCAACAGGAUCAACUGGAUCAACAGGAUCUACAGGAUCAACUGGAUCAGCAGGAUUAACCGCUGAAAUCGGUGAAAUCGGUGAAAUCGGUGAAACCGGUUCAACUGGUGAAUUUGGUUCAGCUGGAACAACUGGAGAAACAGGUUUACCUGGAGCAACAGGACCAACUGGUGAAACCGGUGCUUCCGGUAUGACUGGUGAACGUGGUAUUGUACAAAUGAUUGGGUAAGAGUGCGAAAAAAUACCUUGUAUUAUGUAGA